CACACCCUCAGUAUUUUAUGAACUGAGACAAGCCGAGUGGGAGGAGAACAGAGGAACACUGAGAGACGAGUUCAUUUAAAGCUGAGGGUUGAGGGAGAAAGAAACACAAACAUCUACAGAAACUCAAAGGGGAAGGAUGUUGUUAAACACCACAGAUCUCUAUGGAAACGACUCAUUUUCCUGCGCCCAGCCCUCGGUGGAAGGUUACCGAUAUUUCGGUGUGUUCUGGGGUUCUGUGGUGACCGUGGUGGGAACACUGGGGAACGUCCUGACGGUUCUAGCCUUCGCCACUGAUGCCCGAUUACGCACCCGUUUUAAUGUCCUCAUCGUAAACCUGGCGCUGGCUGACAUUCUGUACUGCACCAUCCUGCAGCCGGUGAGCGUCGACUCCUACCUGCACCUGCGCUGGAGGGGUGGAGCAACCUGGUGUCAAAUGUUUGGCCUCCUCCUUUUCCUGUCCAACAGUGUGUCAAUUAUUUCGUUGUGCCUCAUUGCUCUGAGCAGAUACCUGGUGGUUGCUCAUAGAAAUUCCAAAGUGGCACGACUGUUGUUGUCUCGCCAGGGUGUCGCUGUGCUCCUCAUGAGUUCCUGGGCACUUGGUCUUGCCAGUUUUGGCCCCUUGUGGCCCGUCUAUGUCUUUGCACCUCAAGUCUGCACCUGCAGCUUUCAUCGCAUCAAAGGUCGUCCUUACACCACCAUCCUUCUGUUUAUGUACUUCUUCCUGGGGUUGGGCUUUGUAGGACUUUUCUACUUUCUGAUAUACCGCAAGGUGCGUAUUGCCUCAAAAGCCCUAAUCAAGUACAGACCAAGUCGACGUUCCUCAAGACGCAAACAGCCAGAGCCUGAAGGCACAGAUGGAGACGAUAGCGGGAUCGGUGUUGGAACUGCAGCGACUCAGAGCAGUGAAAUCAGUGAGCAAGCCGUCGAGACAGACCACAGCAAGAGCAGCGUGAACGAUCCUCAAACCAUUCCCAGUGUCACCAAGACGGUUACUAAAAUACCAAAUGGGAAAAAAACGUCUCCCAAAGCGGCAGCUCCCACUCCUUCUCCAUCUCCAGCUCAAUCAUCAUCACCAGGUGAAGACAACGAGUUUAAACGUGUAACCCGGAUGUGCUUCACCGUCUUCCUGUGCUUUGUAGGAUGCUUUGCGCCUUUUCUGCUCCUGAACAUUGCAGAUAAAAAAAGCAAAGCUCCACAGGUGGUCCACAUGUUCUGUGCAAACCUCACAUGGCUUAAUAGCUGCAUCAACCCUCUGCUGUACGCUGCCAUGAACCGGCAGUUUAAUCAGGCUUAUAAGGACCUGCUGGCCAAAGCUGCAUGGCCAAUCAUGCGGUUAUGGAAAAAGCCCUGAAGGACAAGUAGCAAAAGCUGCAUCAACAACAACGGUCCUCACUGUACAACCAAAAUCCAGGUGAUGGAGCCAGACCUGAUCCAACUCCUCCUAUUAACCCUGAACCUAAAAAAAACCUGCUGAACAACGAGGAAGUCUGAAAUACCGAAAGUUCUUCCCAGCCCCUAGUUUUUUUUAAGGUACAAGGUUUUGGUUUAGGUCUGUCUCCAACCCCUGGACUUUUUCUUCAACUGUGCCAAAGUUUGAAGAGCUGGAUCAGGUCAACUCCAUAUUCGAUUCAUCUCAGCUGAGGUCCAAAUAACUGGAUCAGCUCUGAUUACACUUUGUUCUACUUUACCAAGAUCCAAAGAUCUAAAUCAGGUCUUUCUCCUCCAUCUGGACUUCUUUAAACCUGAUGUUUAAAAAAAUGAAUCAGGCCUGACUCUACCUUCCUGAACUUUUGGUUGCACCUUACUGGUACUUGUAGCCAGGUUUGGUCCAACUCCACCCUUUCAGAACUUUUGGUUCUGCACCAUAGGCUACCUGCAGAGACUCUGAUUAUCCAUUAAUAAUACUGCUCAAAGCUAAUGACGCACAAAGCAAAACCGGAAACUCAGACUUGAGGGAAUCUGUCAUGCGUACACCAAGAGACUGAAAACUCCAGCGAGGUCUUUGUUUUAUUUACUAACAGAGAAAAGAAGAGAAAAACGUGAUUGUGUAAACCGAAGCCUCCAGAGCUGAGCUGCUGUAUUCAAAUGUUUUUCUUUACAGUGUUUCGAAGCCUGUAUACUUUUUAAUAAAAUAAAAAGAUUUAA